CGCUCCCUCCCUCCCGCAGCCCUUCUCCCCAAAGCUCCUCUAGUAUCUUUGCUUCUCUCCCUCCACGGGCCGCAGAGCCGUGAUUGCGCAGCGGCAACACGCCCUGGUUUGUGAUCACUAAAGAUCAUAGAGCGGCGAUCACCUCACCGGGACCCCCAGCUCCCGCCUUCACCCCCUCCUGCGACCUCCUCCUGUAACCGUGGUCUCUUCUAUCGUACUUCCCGAUUCACGGCGAACUUGACCCAUGAUGGAAACUCUGGAAGAAUUUGACCAAGAGUAUCCUCUGAGUAAGAUGUUUUGUAAACGUAUGACUAAAGAAGAAUUUGACAUCGAGGCAAUGACUUACACAGAAAAGGCACUGCAGGACUUAUUUCGCUCAAUGGAUCAGAACCCAUCGUUGUGUGAGAAGGUUGUACGCAAACGCAAACAAGCCGAACUCGAGAACGCUGGGUUGAAAUCUUUCAUCAAGGCCAAAUUUUUCUCAGCUGUGGAUGGCAAAAUGAACCGCUGCAAUGCGGUUGAAAUGGAUGAGUUACAAGAAAGACUCCAAGGUUUGAAGGACGAGAUGACGAAAGUGCAGAUGUAUGCUUGUGAGGCCAAAGGACCAAGAACGUCUAAGCGACUAGCUGAAAUGAGGCAGAAGGAGCAGGCCGAGAAUUCUACAAAGACAGGUUCCUGCCGACCUGUAUUGGCUGCUACGGUUCCUCCUGCUCCUCCUCUUCCUCCCCCUCCCCCUCCUCUUCCUCCACCACCACCACCACCAAUUCUAUCCUUCCGUAAUCUGCCGCUCAAAACCCCUCUGAAAGACAAGUCCAACCUCUGCACAGUAGGACAAAUGGUCAUGGCAACCCCAGAUCUACUGGAGAGUUAUGGACUGGCCAGACUGAAUCGACGUUCGAAAAGUAUUGGGGACCUGAGAGACACUGGAAAUGCCAACAACCUUCAUCCUGUCACAAGUAUCUACUCUGAGCUGCUGGCUGCAAACCAUUUUAAGAGGCUUCGUUCAACAGGGGCGGACAGAUCUCCUGGUGGGACUCCAUCCAAAACUCCCAAGGACAAGGCAGCUCAAGCGGAAAUGAGCUCUCCUGCAUCUGCCUUUAAUACAACUUUGUUAGAUAAAUUUCGUAAUGCUAAGAGCCCUGUUGAGAGUGCUCCACGAUCUCCAGCCGUCAGUGACAGUGACAACUCAGGAUUUGCCACCCCUCCAGGGAGCCCAUGAGGGAGGCAAUGCCUUCAACUUCCCUGGAAUUACGGACUAACCAGAGAACCCUACUGAAUCAAAAAGGAGUCGUCUUUUGGAAUUAUCAUUUUGGUAGAAAGCGGUUGAGAAUCCAUGUCAUUGAACCAAUCAUUACUGCUGAAGAUCAAAAAUGUAAGGAAAAGGUCCUUAUUUUUAUACCAGCAACAAUGGUUUCCUGUGCAGGUAAUAUGGCAAUGUCUGUUGUUCUACUUAACAUAAGACAAUGGUUACAUAUCUCAGUGAGCAGUGCUAGUUUUCAGAAUGGUCUUGUUACUUACGAUGCUUUAAAUAAUUCCAAGCUAUUAGUCUGCAAAGUUCAAUAUUUCUACUCUUUUGUUUGGGAACAUGGCAGUCAUGUGUAGAUGCAGUAUAUAUCUUUAAAUGCCCUUGAGUUUUCGACAUUGUUAUAGCUAUUUCACUCCGAGGUGGAGAGCAUGGGAAGAGAAUUUGGAUUUUAAAUAUAACAAACCUUGAAAUACAUAUGACCGGUGUGAACAGCACAUAAUUU